UGUGUGCUGUUGUAUGUGUGAACAAAACACGUGUUGUUCGUCAAAACAUUAGAGAUAAAACGAAAAAUGACUAAGUAGUGAUAUUGGGCAUUGUUUUCAUGACAUUGAUUGAUUUUGAUUUUUUUUAAAAAAACCUUGUACUUAGCUUAUAAUGUAUACCUACAUUUUAAAACUUUUAUCAGAUGCACACGUCAGUAUCAUCGAUUGGAAAAGUGAAAAAAAGAUACCUUAUAAAUGAAACUACUUAAUCUUACCGUGAUGAUUCUCUCGUUAAACCAGUGAAAAAUGUUAAGCAGCAUGGUUUCUAAUAUUCUGCUAUGUCAGUUUCUUAUUUUUGUUUUAUUUUAUGCUGGUGUUGAAUCUAGUCCUUGCAAACCUCGUGCCUAUGGUGAUCAUAAUAUUGUUUGUGUUUGUGAUGAGUCUUAUUGUGAUGAAUUAUCUCUUGUACCAGAGGUUGCUUCAAACCAAGCAGCUCUUUAUGAAACCAAUAAAAGUGGUGCUCGAUUUCAAUCUUCUGUCUUGAACUUCUCUAAAAGUGCAGAUCCAGGCUUCCCAGUGUUAUCUGUUAAUCGAUCAGAUAUUUAUCAAUUUAUUCUGGGAUUUGGUGGGGCAUUUACUGAUGCCACUGGAAUCAAUAUAAAGUCAGUGACUCCUCAACUUCAAAAAAAGAUAAUGAGCAGUUACUUUUCUAAAACUGGGCUUGAAUACAAUAUGGGGCGAAUACCCAUAGCUAGCUGUGAUUUCUCUACAAAAGCUUAUUCUUAUGAUGAUGUUCCUGGUGAUUUUAAUUUAACAUAUUUUAAACUUUCAAAAGAAGAUUUUACUUAUAAAAUUCCUUUUAUUAAAGAAGCCAUGAAUCUAGUAAAGGAAGAUUUAGUUUUAUUUGGAACUCCUUGGAGUGCUCCAGGAUGGAUGAAGACUAAUAAUGCAAUGAAUGGAAAAGGUGGCAUCAAAGGGAAUCCAGGGGGCAAAUACUACAAAACUUGGGCUAAUUAUCUUGUGAGGUUCCUAGAAGAAUAUCAUGCCAACAAUAUAACUUUGUGGGGUUUAACAUUACAAAAUGAGCCUACUGAUGGAUGCAUUGUGAAUUUUCCUUUCCAGGCAAUGUGUUUCCCUCCUGACCUACAGCGUGAUUUCUUAAAGCUAGAUUUUGGUUCUGCUCUAACAAAGGCUGGUUUCACUCCAGAUAAUUUGAGAUUAAUGAUUGGGGAUGACAACCGUGUAAUUCUGCCCAAAUGGGCAGAUGUGAUCUUAAGUGACCCAGACGCUGCUCAGUAUGUCUCUGGGAUUGCAUUUCACUGGUAUCUUGAAGACCUGUUUCCUCAUAAGUUACUAGAUAUUACUCAAAAGAAAUAUCCUAGUCUUUUCUUUUUGCCUACAGAAGCCAGCACUGGAUCUUACCCUUGGGAGUUUCCAAAAUCUGAUUUAGGAAAUUGGAACAGAGGUGAAAGAUAUGCUCAUGACAUCAUUCAGGAUUUGUUGAACUGGUCAAUUGGUUGGAUUGAUUGGAAUUUAGUUCUUGAUAUGCAAGGAGGCCCCAACUGGGUGAGCAAUUUUGUAGAUGCUCCCAUCAUUGUGAAUGUUGGUACCAAUGAAUUCUACAAGCAGCCCAUGUAUUAUGCACUAGCCCAUUUCAGUAAAUGCUUGCCAAGAGGAUCUUAUCGUAUAGGCCUUGAAGUUUCUUCUUCGCUUCACUCUGCAUUUCCUUUUUUUCUUGGAUCCGAGUUUAACGUGGCUGCAUUUCAAACUCCUGAAAACAAAGUAGUUGUUAUUGCUGUUAAUAGGAAGAAUGUAAGUGUGCGUCUGGCUGUGUAUGAUAACCUUAAAGGAUAUUUGAACAUUACUGUGAGCCCUAAUUCUAUUCAAAGUUAUAUGUGGUAGAGCUUUAAAUUAUGAAUUUAACUUUAUAGACCAAAGAACACUAAUCAUCUUUUUUGUUGUCACUUGAAAUAAUAUUAUUUUUAUAUUAUGUUUUUGUUUGUGAUUAAUUUAUGUUGAAUUUUAAUAAAAAAAUGUUAUAUUUUAUAAACCUUA